UGAUUGCAACUUCAACCAACGUAUUUUUAGGAGAGCAUUUGGGUAGCUCGGACGUCAUGGUCUUUUAGGGUUCAAGUAAAUUCAAUCAAAUGGUGACUGGACUUAUGCUCAGUUACGAGGCGCUUACUACAGUAUAUUUCUUUUAGUAACGACUAUACGUUCUACAAGACGCGAACGCCUUGCGACUAGCCACACCCGCGGCAAACUACCACCAGAACAAGGAAUCCCCACCUUCUGCGCUCGCACCUACCAUCCUGUAAAAGUUAUUACUUAGUAACCCCAGACCACAAACAGCUUCUGGUCGCCAUGGCCAGCAAUUUCGCAUGGCUAUUCAACAACAUUUCUUUCAGCGACACCGUCCUCAUCCUGCGAGCCCCUCAAACCGUGAGCAGCGGUCUGCCUGGUCCACUUCCUUACCAUGUUGGAGGUAGCACCUCACACCAGACUUCCAGCAGCGAGCUCCAAGGCGUUUGCUGCAGGGCGGACAUGGACCGUCGCAGCCGCGGCGCCGCGCUCGUCAACUCUGGGCUUGACCGCUCAACAUCAAGAAACCAGUCCUCGUCUAUUUCAUUAUUAGCAAAUUCCAUUCAUGGCCUCGCAAGAGAGACAGGGCUGGUGCCAGAAGGCGGGAGCCCCAAAGUGCCAUCCACAACGUGCGUCACGCGCGGGAGCGACCACAACGCCUCCGCGCCUCCUUUUGAUGAAAUCCAACUUUACGCUCACUCCGUCAUCCUGGCCAGCAGCUCUGAGAUGCUGCACAGCUGGCUCAGCCGCUGGGGGCAGCAGCAGCAACAGCAGGAGGAGCAAGGGGAGGAGGAGGGCGGCAUGGAGGAGGGCGGAGGGGACAUGGAGGAUGAGGAUCAAGGCCGCCAGCGGGGAAACGGGGGACAGGAGGACGAGCAGCAGCAGCAACAGCUCUGUCAGCGGUGCCGGCAGCGGCUAGGGACGCAGCCGGAAAAGCGGCAGCAGCAACAGCGCCAGCGGCGGCGGCAGCAGCAGCGGCCGCGGUUUUCCCACCGUCUGGUGUUGGAUGUGGGUGCGGGGGAGCUGUCGGCGGGACUGGCGGUGGUGCGGUUCAUGUACACACAGACCCUGGACGGUAUCGACGACGACGAGCAGCUGCUGCGCUGCCUGCUGCUGGCGGACCGCUGGCUGCUGCCCGACUGCGCCGCCGCCUGCGCCGCCGCGCUGCAGGCCACCCCCGCCAGCAGCCUCAGCUGGCGGGUGCGCGCGGCGCUGGCGGGGCUGCCGGGCGGGCUGGCGGCGGCUAACCCGCUGUUGGCGCAGCUGCAGUGCCGUGCGGAGACGGCGCUGAUGAGGACGUUCAG